AUGGCCGUUGUAUUCCCUACUAUCAAGGCGGUCAAUGCCUUUAUUAUUGAUGGAGUUGGUUCCGGGGGCGAUUAUCACAAUGUGAAAGGAGGGCAUUGGCUCAUUGAUUCUCCCAUUGCAACCCCAAUGGCUAGAUGGGAACAGUACAGAGGCUCUCGAACUAGUUGGGGGAUAAAUGUGCUUGGCUCCUUUUGCAUUGAAAUAGAAGCAGCAGAUGGCACCAAAGGGUUUGCAACCGGAUUCGGAGGCCCUCCAGCAUGUUGGCUGGUGGCACAGCAUUUCGAAAGAUUUCUAAUCGGCGCUGACCCUAGGGACACAAACAACCUCUUUGAAAAGAUGUAUAGGUCCUCCAUGUUUUACGGACGAAAAGGCCUUCCCGUUGCUGUCAUCUCAGUUAUAGACUUGGCUAUAUGGGACUUACUUGGUAAGAUCCGCAAUGAACCAGUCUACAAACUCAUUGGUGGUGCAACUCGUUCUCGCCUGGAUUUUUAUUGCACUGGUCCGGAACCAGGCUUUUCAAAGGCGAUGGGCUUCUCAGGUGCCAAAGUAGCGCUACCAUACGGGCCUGAUGAAGGUGCAGGUGGCCUGGCCAAAAAUGUGGAAUACCUAAAACAACAACGAGAAAAGGUCGGCUCAAACUUUCCGCUAAGGGUUGACUGUUACAUGUCCCUAAAUGUUCCCUACACAAUUGAGUUAGUCAAAGCUUGCGAGGCGGAAAAGAUCAACAUCGACUGGUGGGAGGAAUGCUUAUCGCCCGAUGAUGUUGAUGGUCAAGCUCUACUGAAAAGAGCUCACCCAACGAUCAAAUUCACCACCGGCGAGCACGAGUAUUCUAGGUACGGCUUUCGGAAGUUGAUAGAGUCGCGCAAUUUAGAUAUCAUCCAGCCUGACGUUAUGUGGGUUGGAGGUAUGACCGAACUGUUAAAGAUAUCUGCAAUGGCAGCAGCUUAUGAUAUCCCGGUUGUUCCACACGCCUCUGGCCCUUACUCAUACCAUUUUGUCGUGUCUCAACCAAACUCGCCUUUUCAGGAGUACCUGGCUAAUUCCCCGGAUGGAAAAACUGUCCAACCCGUGUUUGGAGACUUGUUCUUAAAUGAGCCAAUUCCAACCAAAGGCUAUCUCGAUGUUAGCGUGUUGGACGAACCUGGCUUUGGACUCAAGGUGAACCCCUCUGCAAAGCUCAUACCAGCUCGAUAUAUCCUCACUCCAAACCCGCAGAAAUCGCUUAGAGAUAACGGCAUUGUUCACCGUAACAAGCGUGAGAAACACAACAGCGAAAACGCUCGCCCGAUAGCGAAUGGCAUUAUACAACACUAA